AUGGCUACGGCUACCAGAAAACCAAAGGAAUUUCUAUGCAUUCUUCCUGAUAAGCCUAAUGCUCUUGAUAUUAGGCAGAAAGUCAGGCCUAUCCAUUACGAAGGAAUAAAGCCUCUUGUUGAAACAGGAAGAUUGGUUGCUGGUGGCGCCAUGCUUGAAAAACACCCCGCAGAAGGCGAAGAUGCGCUGUUCAAAGGUAGCAUGAUUGUCUAUACAGGAGAAAGUGUUGAGGAUAUCCGCGAGGCAAUCAAUGGUGACAUUUACGCUAAAAGUAGUGUCUGGGAUCUGGAGAAAGUCCAAAUCAUUCCUUAUGUUUCAGCAGUGCGCAAGCCCAUGCCUUGA